AUGCCUUUCGCCCCCACCGACGACAAGCAAGAAAUCUAUUAUAAAUUGCACGGCAGCACUGGCCCGAUCCUUAUGAUGGUCUCCGGUUAUAUGGGCAUCAUCGACAUUUGGAAGCCUCUUCUUGCGCGCCUGAGUAAUCGUUACCGCUGCGUUGUUCAUGAUAACCGUGGCUUUGGUCGGUCAUCAAAGCCCGAAUCAGCCAAUGCAUACAGCAUCUCCCGGCAUGCCGAGGACGUCAACUCUAUUCUUAUGGCGUUAAAAACCCAAGAAAAAAUUGCUUUGGUGACUCAUUCGAUCGGUGGCAACAUCGCUGCCGCUUACUGCCUGGCGCAUCCUGAGCGUGUCGCUGCCAUCAUUUCUUCGGGAACGUACUUCGACGGCGUGCACGUCCGCCCAUUUCUGCCUUUGGACACGCUCACAUACCGUACGGACGAACCAUCGCAAGUAGUCGCCUUUUAUGCUCAGAUCGGUUUGACGGACGAGAUAGCUCUUGAGGCGGCUAAGUGGCCUGCAUACGCUCGUUGUCACAACGCUAAGGCCUUACUUGAUUUUAACAUCGGAGAUGGAUAUACCAGGAUUAAGGCUCCCAUGCUCCUCAUUCACGGAGAUCAGGAUCUGGCCACGCCCCUAGAGAGUUUGGUAAAACCGAUCCAACAAGCGGUCCCGUCGUGCUGGUUGCAAGUUUUGAAAGGGGUUAAACAUUUCCCUCCCACGGAGGCGCCGGAGGAGAUGGAGAAACUCAUUGACGGAUUUGUGUCGGAGCAUUGUGCGUAG